UAAAAGUUAUCACAUAGCCAGAAAAUAACCUUAAUGGUACAUUAAAAUCACGGUAACAUAUUAUGAGAAAUGACAAUAUUACAAUGUGUCAAUGGUUAUGCGAUUAAUAUUAAACGGCUUUUUAUUAUAAUAUAUUUUAUACUACGUUGGUGGCACGUCCUUAUUAAAUUCUAUUAAUUGGUCAGUGCUUUGUCGAACACUCGUGGUAAAUUUAAAUAUAUAUUACAAACGGGAAAAAAACUGGUAUACACUUUGUCGGUGCCGUAUCUUAUAAACUUAACUUGGUACCUACGAUUUUUCAUUGCCCGGAUGUUUCAAAGUAGUUUGUUUUUGUUUAAGCGAAUAUGACCAGAACACUGUUGGCGAUACUACUGGUUACGAUGGGCAUCCGACUUUCUCAUUUGUCGACUACGAUAGAAAAACCGACGUAAGUUUACCCAGAAGACGUACCGACUAGCGAAAAAAGCUCGUAUGUAAACUCGGAAUAUGUUUAAUGAAGAGUUUGACGCUGUUCGAUUUCGGUAACGUUCGGGAUCUGUCCAAAGACUGGUCGGAACUGUCGGACACGGUAAGAGCCGAAGGCAAAUCGAAAGCGUCGUUUGACGUGUACAAGACCAGCAAAGCGCAGUCGGCCAUUCUGUUCACGUUGGUAAACCCGCAACCAAACGGCGCCGGCUUUUGCGGAGUGCGCACGACGAGACAGCAAUUAAAUCUCAACGGAUACGAUUACAUACAUUUCGUGUGCCGGCCGAAGGGCAACGCUACCCGUUACAAAAUCGUACUGCGGCACAACAACGAAAACAACGAGCCGCACCCGUCGUUCGAACAACAAUUCCAGGUGACGUUGGACACGGAAAACACUGUGGAACUGCCGCUGAAGAAAUUCAAGCCUUACUAUCGGGGCAAGCCGCUAGACGACGGACCCACGUUGAACGUAGAAAACAUCACUGCGUUCGGCAUUCAAGUGGCCGGCGGAGUGUACGACACGUUCAAACAGUCCGGUCUUUCUUCGUUGGAGUUGGACCGAAUAUCGGUUCGUGCCAACCCGGACGAAACCUCUCAAAACUAACGUUGCUAGUUAUUUAAUUAUUUUCAACUGAUAUAUUUAAUUGUGAUUUAUUUUAAUCGAAACGAUGAGAAUUUUGUUUGAAUAUUUUACACAUGUUAUAUAUAUAUAUAUAUAUAUAUGAUUCAAGAUAAAUUGUAUUAUUUCAAGAUAAAACAACCUAAUGUCGCGUACGUUGAUCGAGAUAAGCUAUAACAGCUCAAAAAAAUUUUAAAAGCUAAUAAAAAAAAAUGGAACUAAUUGGCUAAACUCGAAACGAGCGAGAAAUAUUUUUGAAAGCGAAUAAAAAUGGAAUUAAAAAUUAACGUUUCAACCGAUUAA